AUGUCAGGACCCGCAGCAAUGAGCGAGGAUUUGGGUCGACUGUGCAUGGAUGGUGAGUGACGAAGAGCUUUAGGCUUCGCACUCGAGAUGAUUCCAGCCUCAUCGAUCCUCUUGACCCCUGCCGCACUGUUCCUAGGCAAUGCCAAUCUCGCACUGCGACAUCUCUCAUCUCUAUCUGCCGAAGAAGCCAAACUAGCAGUGCAAUCUGUCGAUGUGGACGGACGAACACCUCUGCACUGGGCCGUCUCUUCCCGCUCCUUUACCCGAGACUCUUUACGUUGCCUUCUCAAUUACGGCGCAGAAGUGUCGAGCGUGGACAAGGGAUCGGGCUGGACAGCUUUGCACAUUGCUACCUCUGCUUCGCAUGCGGAUGCGGUGGAUGAAUUGCUGUAUCACGGAGCAGAGGUGAAUGCGAAGACUCCGAAGGGCUUGACCCCUUUGCAUUAUGCGGCCAGUAAAGGCUUGACGGAGAUUGGUAGAGCAUUGCUCAAGGCAGGUGCGCUGGUCAAUGCCAGGGACAAUGCCAAGCAAUGUCCCAUGUGAGUCGAGCGCAGUGAAGCUUGCGCCGCAGCAAGCGGCAUCGAAAUGUGAUGCGCGGUCUGUGUGAACAAGUUCACUAGCCCUGCUGCCCGUGAUGCUGAAUUCGCCUCAUCCAUCAUAGACAUCGAGCGGCAUCAAAUGGUCACGACGCUUUCAUUCGCAUGCUAGGCAAGCCUCCAGCCAGAACGGACGGAACAGCUCACGAAAAGACCAGGGUCAAGUGAGUGUCGUGAUCAGUCGUCGUUGCGCACAGCCUCAUACGUUGACAAACGCCUUUGGCAUGAUGCAGUCCUGCCGAUCGACUCGGCAACACUCCGUUGCAUCUCGCACUGGGUAAGUGGAGCUGCCAAUCUCCUGUCGCAAUUUUGCGCAUCUUCUUUCGCAGUUCACACCUCACCGCGCCGUCCCCUCCGGCAGAAUCGGCCCACGGCAAUACGGCUGUGAUUUUGGUCGAAGAGUUCGGGGCUGACAGAUCGAGGACGAACGAGGAUGGCUUGACAGCUGAACAGAUGGAAGGGGUGGGCGGUCAAGAGCAGAAGAGGGUGUUGGAUUACUUUCGAAGCAGCGUAGGAGUGGAGGAUUGA